UGUGAUUGGACAGCGAUCAGAGAUUUUCCACGGGAGGGGGAAUUUUCGAAGGAUCUAUAUAUUUUCAUAUCCUGGUCGAGCCCUUAAAGGGUGAAAACCCACUCUCGGAAUUGUCUUAAAGUAGUGUGACGGGAUUCCGGCUGCUGGAAAUGUCACUUCCGGCGGAGCUGGCGGCAGAUUCAAAACGUCCCAUCGGUUGUGAGGAGGCGGACGUCGGGGCGAACAGGUUGGCCAUGGGCAGUCGGGCAGCGACUGGCGAGGAGCACCCAGCACGGAAAUCCCCCACCAGACAAGUGCAGGUGGUGGUGAGGCUGCGGCCAUGUCUGGGAGACGCCCAGGGGGAGCAGCAACAGCCCUGUGUGCGGGGGGUGGACACGCGGACCCUGGAGAUCCUCAGCAAGAGGAAUCGGGCCGAGACCAUGCAGUACCAGUUCGAUGCCUUCUAUGAGGAAGACAGCUCACAGCAGGAGGUAUACGUGGGCUCAGUCCGACCUGUCCUGGCUCACGUGCUCAACGGGCAGAACGCCAGCAUCUUUGCCUAUGGGCCCACGGGCGCAGGUAAGACGCACACCAUGUUGGGGAAUCCCGAGCAGCCGGGCAUAGUCCCCCGUGCCCUCCUGGACAUCUUCCGCAUGAGCAGGGAGCAGUGCAACCAACUUGGGGGGCCAGAGUGGACUUUCAGUAUUAGCAUGUCCUACCUGGAGAUCUACCAGGAGAAGGUGCUGGACCUGCUGGAGACACGAAACGUGGACCUGCCCAUCCGUGAGGACCGCUACAAGAAUAUCUUUAUCCCCAAACUGAAGCAGCAGACUAUCAAUAACUUCACUGAGUUUGAGCUCCACUUUCUGCCUGCGCUGCAGAACCGGACCACGGCCAGUACCAAACUCAAUCUUCACUCCAGCCGCAGUCACUCUGUCCUGCUGAUCAAGGUGGUGAAGAUGGAGCGGACAGACCCUUUCCGGCAGCUGACAGGCAAACUGUACCUCAUUGACUUGGCCGGCUCCGAGGACAACAGGCGCACGGGUAAUGAGGGUGUCCGGCUGAAGGAGAGCGGGGCUAUUAACACAUCCCUCUUUGUGCUCAGCAAGGUGGUGGAUGCCCUGAACCAGGGCCUGACCCGCAUCCCCUACCGGGACAGCAAACUGACCCGUCUCCUCCAGGACUCACUGGGAGGCACAGCUCACAGUGUAAUGAUCACCAACAUCGCGCCGGAAAUCAAGCACUACUUCAACACUCUGACCGCUCUCAACUUUGCCGCCAAGUCCAAGCUGAUCAUCAACCACCCCUUCACCCGUGAAACCAUCCAGCCUAUCGGCGUGCGUCCUCUGAAACGACAUCAGCAGGCGGACCCUUCAGAAGAGGCUGCCAAGGUCUUCAAACCGGAUGAUUCGGAAAAUGCUGGUGGAUCUGGAGGACUACCCUUGAGCCCACUGCUGAAACCAGGCGAACUGAACAGUGAGGCGUUCGGGCCAGAUGUGAUGGAGCGUCUGUCAAAGCUGGAGAACCUGCUGCGGACACAGGGUCGGAGCGGCCUGCCCCUGCUGGGCACACCCAAGGCCGAGAGGCAGGAACUUCUCAGGAAGCUGGAGGAGAGCCGGCGUCAGAUCCAGCUCCUGGAGCGGAGGCAGCAAGAACUCGAGAAGGUCAUCAGUGCACAAGAAACCACGGGGAUUGGAGACGGCCUCCUUCCCUCUGGCAAGGACCCCAUCCUGCAUAAGAGCUCAGUGGCUAAGAAAAGGAACCAAGCCAUCGUCACCCCUUUACAGCGCAUAGACAAUACUGAGUGUCUCCAAACCGGGGACGUGCUGGUGCUGAAGCACAAGGACAAUGCGAAGGAGGAGCAGGGGGGUGGUGCAGAGCUGCUGCUGGAUGUACAACUUGCUGAACAGCAGAAGGAGCAGAUCCUGGCCUUGUUGAACGAGGGCUCCCUCCGCCAGCUCAAGACCUUGCAGAGGGUGGGAGACAAGACCGCUCAGCUCAUCCUUGGCUGGAGAGAGCGCCAUGGUCCAUACUCGCAGAUUGAGGACCUCGCCAAGAUCGGCAUGUCAGCCAAGUUCCUCUCCACCUUCAUGAAGGCCAACGCUCUCAGCUGCCUUGCCAAGUGACAGUGUCGGUUUCAGAAGCCCCCUCCCCCUGCAGGGUGGGGGGUGAGAGAAGAAGCAGCUUUCCUGCUGUACAUCAGUAAUGAUGGCUUGUAUCAUAAUGUUUUGUGUUGGAGGCUCUACCCAGCCUCUGUGUUUUACGCGCAAUUUAAUAAAGGUUUUUUUGUACAACUCUAAAACAGCUGUGAG